AUGUCGUCGUCGGCCACUGCCCAUUACCUCCCAAACGCACCCCCCUCAGUCCACUCUUCGUCCUGCUCCCCCUUUCCAUCGUCCCUCUUCACCCGACGCCGUGGCGCAGCGCUAGCCCCUUUGCAGCCCACAAGAACAGUUGUCUUGUCCGUGGACGUCAACUCGCCGUCCCAAAAAUCACCCUUUCCACCGCUGCCCACCACCCACACCACCGCUGCCUCAACAGCCCCUGCGUCUGCGUCGCACACGUUGCCGCACGCUCACGCACGAGGACGUGUUCUCCGACGCCUACGAAGUGCGCGCUCUGUCCGCAAGUUGGGAGGAGGAGCCCGUUCGCCCAGGUCCACAGAACAAGUCCGUGCGCCGCCGCCGCCUCUGCCAGCAGACCCCUUUGCCGUUGCCGAGCGCCGCCAGUCGUCGCUUCCUCCAUCGACACUUGUUGCUUCCCCUCCUCCUCUCUCACCUGUAUCUCGCGUCGUCGAUAAAGCUCUCCCACCGCUUCCUCACAGAAAGGCUGCGGCCCACAUUCUUAAAAACCAUCGACGCCCACCCGAACCGCCCAACAUUGAUCAACCGUUCAACCUCGUUGCGGCGCUUCUUGGCGAGCCGUCCUACCCCGUAAAGGGCGCCGCAAGAACCUCGUCGCCUGCUGCCGCGCGACCAACGUCUGCCUUUACAAGACCCCCGCAUGAACUCGCACCGCCAGGCCCAAUGGACGUCCGCGACAUCAUCUCAAAGUGCGAGGACGCCAGCAUGAGCUGGAGUCUGCAGUUCUGGGUCACCAUUGCCGACCCGCAGACCAACCAUGUCUUCUUCGCUUGUCCUGCAACUGGCCAAUGCAGCUGGGAGCCUCCAGUUGGAGCUUUUGUUGUGCCUAGGUCCCCUGAUGGCGAAUGGUGGGAGCUCGCCGAUCCAACGCGCGACAACCAGAGCUACUAUUACAACACGCUCACUGGAGUCACUCAAUGGGAGCGUCCAGAAGGAGACGCCUUUGUCAUUCCACUCGGAUUAAUACAGUUCAACCCACGCGUCACCAGUCGCGCCCUCGGCCACGGCGAGCUCCAGUGGGCCCAUUACGCCCAGCGCCGACAUGCCCCCCUCUCCGCCCGUUGCAGGCGCCCGCCCCUCACCCCUACAGGCGCUGGCCCCGCGUACAGCAGCGACUACGACGCAUCGCCAUCCAACGACCAGUUUUCGGGUUCUGACUCGGGCCCUCCAACCUCGUGGUGGGAGCGUCGACGCCGUACCAAGAAGGUUAGCGGCGUGGGCAGCACGGUCAGGGGACGCAAUGUGGAGAUUAGCCCGGCUCUAUCUCAGGGAGAGUCCAUGUUCACCACACCACCAUCACCCAUCCAUGUCGAUGAGAUGCUGCAACCCAUCGACGCAUCGGCGGUCAACCUCGUCCUCCAGCCCUCGUCUCCCAACAACUUUGCCGACCGGUAUUUCGCCACCAAGCGCUCUGGUGUUCUCCGCCAGCGCCUGUCUCUGGAGCGUAUCAUGGAGUGGCAGCGCAACCCAAUCACUGCGCCGCUCCUGGUACUCUCCAAGGGCUCUGUGCAUGAUGCCAUGACCACGUUCAAGAUCAUCCAGCACGUCAUGGGCGAGCGCGACCGUGCCGUCGAGUCUGCGCGCCCACCACACCAGCCCGCGGGCCCCUCUGUUCUCGCGCUUCGGGGUGGCCGGGACGACAACAAGGACGAAAAGACGGUCAUUCUCGAGGAGAUUCGGUGGAUGAUCCAGUUGGGCGUGGGCAGGAUCGAGAUGCGCGACGAGCUCUACUGCCAGCUCAUCAAACAGCUCACCCGCAACCCGGACAAGGACGCUGCCGUCCUUGGCUUCCAGCUCUUCUGCGUCUUCGUCGCGGCCUUUGGUCCAUCCAAGAGCUUUGAGCCGUUUGUUCGCUCAUUCCUCGUCGGCCACCUCGAGCGCCCCGACUAUGGUAUCGGCGUCAUGUCCAAGUACUGUCUCACCCGCAUCGAUGUGCUUGGCGCAAAGGGCGGACGUGGACGGGUCUUGACUAUCACGGAGAUUGAACACGCCUCGGACGCUGCGUUCUACCCCUCUGUCUAUGGCCAGACUCUCGAGACCAUCAUGCAGCGCCAAGAAGGUGCAUACCCUGAGCUCCGCAUCCCCAUCAUCCUCCCCUUCCUUGCCGACGGGAUUCUCGCUCUGGGUGGUACAGAAGCCGAGGGCGUGUUCCGUGUCCCCGGCGACGCCGACAUUAUCGCGCAGCUCAAGGCCCACAUCGACCGGGGCCAGUACCAGCUCAGCGGCGUCGAGGACCCGCACGUCGUGGCGUCCUUGUUCAAGCUGUGGCUGCGCGAGCUCGAGGAGCCCCUCAUCCCCACUGGGCUGUACAAUGCGGCGCUGCAGGCGUCAAAGUCGGUGGACCACACGAUCAUCUUCAUCAAGAAGCUGCCCGACCACAACCGCCGCGUGCUGCUGUUUGUCAUCAGCUUCAUGCAGCUCUUCCUGGACCCCGAUAUCGUCGCCAUCACCAAGAUGACCCCCCAGAAUCUCGCAUUGGUCCUCGCACCCAACAUCCUGCGCACGCCCAGCGAGUCGCUCGCCACGGUCUUUGCCAACUCGUCGUUUGAGUGCCAGUUUGUACUCAACCUGUUGCUCCACCUCGACCCGCCGUCUGUGGACCCCGAGUAUGUCCCGUCACAUGGCGGUGGUGCGGCAGCGGCCAAGCGUGGCAGCUUUGACUCGGCCGGCUCGUCGGCAGAGUUGUAA